AAAGUCCAAUUAUUAUUACACUGGAGAAGUGUAGAAAUCAAAAUCCCUAAAAUCCUCUUUGACUUUCGUUCCUUCUCUGCCGUCGACAAUUUCACUAUCGCUAAUGUCGUCACCGGUUAAGAAGAAGAAGAAGAAGACGACGACGUCAACGUUGCUACUGCCGACACCGCAAUCAACCCAGAUUUCCUCGCUUCCUGAUGAUUUACUUAUAAGUAUCUUCGCACGCGUCUCGAGAUUGGACUACCCGAUCCUCUCUCUCGUCUCAAAGAGCUUUCGAGCUCUCCUUGCUUCACCGGACCUCUACGAGACUCGUUCAUUCUUAGGCCGCACCGAGAGUUGUCUCUAUGUCUGCUUAAGGUUCCCUUCUGACUCUACACGGUGGUUCACUCUCUGCCGAAAACCUAAUCCAACCUUAACCAACAGCAAGAAGAAGAAGAAGAAGUCAAGUGGUCAUGUUAUGGCCGCAAUCUCAAUCCCCAAUUCUCCUCCUGCACACAGCUCGGGUCUCGUUGCGGUUGGUUCUGAUAUUUACAACAUUGGCGGCUCUAACUACAAAGAGUACUCCUCUAGCAUCUCCGUUUUGGACUGCAGGUCUCACACGUGGCGCGAAGCUCCAAGCAUGCUGGCUGAGCGUAAUUACCCUGCGGCCAAUGUCAUUGAUGGGAAGAUAUAUGUUGCAGGAGGCUGCAAAGAGUCCGAUCCCUCUAAUUGGAUGGAAGCUUUCGAUCUAAAAACAGGAACUUGGGAGCCUGUGUUGAACCCUUACGCAGAUAGAUGUGAAGCUCGUAUACGCAAGAGCGCGGUGAUUGAUGAAGCUAUCUGCUUGUUUGGGUCUAAGGGUGUGGCUUACAACCCAAGAUUAGAUAGAUGGGAAGCAAUAGGAGAAGUGAAUUAUUUGGAUUUAGGAUGGCUACGUUUUACUUAUUGCGUGAUUGAUAAUCAGCUAUAUUCUUAUACUAAUUCAGAUGGAAUUAAAUUGUAUGACUCUAUGAUUGGACGCUGGAUAAAGUUGAAAGGUUUAGAAGGUUUGCCUAAGUUUCAUGGCUGUGGUUGCGUUAGAUUGGCCGAUUAUGGUGGAAAGAUGGCUGUUUUGUGGGACAUGUAUUUGCCUUCUAGUGGCUAUAAGAAGAAGGUGAUUUGGUGUGCGGUCAUCAAACUUGGAAGGCGCUACAAUGAAGAGAUUUUUGGCAAGGUUGAGUGGUUUGAUGCUGUGAUUACAGUCCCUGAGUCUUAUGAAUUUGUGUGUGCUCGUGCUGCUACUGUUUGAUGAUUUUUACUCGGUAGUGUUGCAGGUAGAAGAUUAGUGUUUAGUUUGCAUCGGUCUGCUAAUGUUUUAGCCUAGCAUAAUUGUCUUGGUUGAUCAGGAAUGUUAUUUACAUUUGUAGGAGAACUGUAAAACAAGAUGCACCCUUGAAGAGAGUUUGGUUUACAGAUCUCUUUGUUCUAUUUCGCUUCAUUUGCAAAAGGCUUUGCUUUACUUGCUAACAAUCUUAGCUAACAAUUUUAUAAACGAUUAUGGCUUUAUGUGUU